CAUCAAAUAUUAUUUAUGUUAAUUACUGAGUUUUAUGGGGGCCCUUAAUUGGAACUCUAGGUGAUUGCCUCAUUUGCUUCACUCUGGUUCUGGUCCUGAGAGGGGAACACAGAAGGGAUGGCUGGAAGAACGAGAACAAACGAGCCUCCCGGAAUUUUGUCAAACAACAGGCCAAUUAAUUAAGGAAAGUAGAUGUUACAUAGCUAGGUACAAUGAACGUGCAGUAAGUGGAUUGUCUCAGUAAUUUAGAGAGAAACCCCCCAAUACAAGCAUAGGUAGGUGGGGACAAAAGAGAGACAACAAAGUACUACAAGUAGAGCACUUCCUUUUUCUGAUUUUGCCUCACGGAAUUGAGUUCGUUCUUAUACACAAGUCUAAUGCCCCCUUCCUCUUCUGCAAUGGACCAGGUGGUGUAUGCUGAUUUAAACGUACCCGGGGACUCAGGCCCAGAAAGUUCUUCACCUUCAUCUCUUCCUCGGGAUGUCAGUCAGGGUUCACCUUGGCACCAAUUUGCCCUGAAACUUGGCUGUGCUGGGAUUAUUCUUCUUGCCUUGGUUGUUACUGGGUUGAGUGUUUCAGUGACAUCGUUAAUACGGAAAUCAUCAAUAGAAAAAUGCAGUGUGGACAUUCAACAGAACAUGAGUAAAACAACAGAGAGACUGAGUCUCUUAAACUGCCCAAUAUCUUGGGAGAAAGUCAGAGAGAAAUGUUUGUUACUUUCUCACACUGUCAGCCCUUGGAAUAACAGUCUAGCUGACUGUUCCACAAAAGAAUCCCGUUUGCUGCUUAUUCAAGAUAAGGAAGAAUUGAGACUCACACAGAAGCUGAUACAUGACAAAGCAGUUCCAUUUUGGAUUGGAUUAAAGUUUUCAUUACCAGAGAAGAAAUGGAAGUGGAUAAAUGACUCUUUUUUAAAUUCUGAUCAAUUAAAAAUUACAGGUGACACUAAAGAAAACAGCUGUGUUUACAUUUCACAGACAUCUGUGUUUUCUGAGGACUGUAGUACAGAAAUCAAAUGGAUCUGCCAGAAAGAACUAACACCUGUGAGAAAUGAAGUGUAUCCUGACGCCUGACUAUGAAUCCCAUCUCAAUUUAUUUGCUUCCCAUUACUGAUCUCUGUACUUUUAACUGCAUAUACUAUUGGUAUCACCUAAUGUUCAUUUAGUGACACAAAAUGAACAAAUUCUGAGAAUCGUACAACUGUUAUGAAUGUUAGAGAAGUUCAUGUUUAUCAUAUUCAUUCUAUAAAAUGAGGAAACAGAGACAUAGAGGAAACAUGUAUCAUUUUAAAGAAACAGUGUUAUUCUAUGGUGAAGGAAUAAAGGAUGUCCCGCAAUAUGCCAGAUUGAUAUAUUGAUUAUUUUGUGUUUAAAACAGUGGAGAAAUUGUAGAUUCAGAAAGAGACAGCUGACCUGUCUCUUCCUGCAUGCAGCAAGCCAUAAAGAUUCCUCUGGGAGGGUUACCCUCAUCAUACAAGGGCAAGAAAAUAGCCCUUAUUGCCAGAGACCUGGAAUUGGACUUUGCAAUGAACCUGAAUAAAUAUACUUAAUAAAGAAACACUUAUCUUUCACCUAUUUUACAGCUCCCCACAACCAAUAUAUCUCCUAGUGACUCCUCUAGAAAAUGUAUUGCCCCUAGCCAGCUUUUCUUUGUCCUGUCAUUUUUUUUUCAAAUUUAUCAUUCUUGAUCUAAAGAGCACAAAAGCAUCUUGCUUAGGCCAGUUUGGAUUUCACACUCUCGUGAGUGCCUCAUGUACAUGCGAAAUGAAUAAAAUGUAUAUACUUUUAUUUUGUUCA